UCCAAAUCGUCGCGCCAUUUCCAAUCAUUUUUCCAACCACAUCCACUACUUUCAAAUAUGUAACAAGUUCAACUUCAAGCUUCAAUCAGAAAAUCAAUAAUUUAUACUCUUACGAUACCUUAAAUUUGGUAUCUGUUGUUGAAAUUAAACCACGAGUCAGGUGGAAUAUGAGUGCAAGUAAAAGUAGACGAAGUCAGAUUGAUGAAGUACAAGAAAGAAAUAUGGGACCACAGGCUGGAAGUUCAAGAGAAGAAAAUGUACAGUCAUCAGAUAGUGAUGAGAUCAGUUUUAUUGAAGAAAAUCAAACAAGUAGAAACAAAAAGGUGAAGAAAACAGCAAGAAAAGUUAUAAGUAAUGAAGAUGAGAUUCUAGAGAGAACAUUGAGAGAGUCUGGAAUAGAUAUUGCUGAUAUGACCAGGGAAGAAAAAGUUGCUCUAGCUCAAGUUAUAAUGAUGUCUAAAGAGGAGGCUGAGAUUCACAGUCAAUCAUUUGGUGAUGAAUCAAUGAACCAUUCAGAUUCUGAAGAGGAAAAACAAACAACAGAUGCAUUCAUGCAAGCAAUGCACCCGAAACAAAGUAGAAAAGCCAUCCAAGAGACAGUUAUCCCAGAGAGCCAAAAUGACAAUAUAUAUAGUCAGGAAACGCAAGAAAACAAGUCAGACAUAUAUAAUCAAGGUACACAAGAAAAUCAAUCAAAUAACAACACAAAAACUUACGAUUCAUUCAUGGACCAGUCAACAGUUGAUAUUCAACCAACUUUAGAUGCAGCUACUGGAAGAUUUGCUAAUACAGAGCAUGCAUCACCAGUAAACAGUCAAUUAGAUCCAGUCUCUCAGGUGGUUUUACACUUAAGCCAACAAAAUUCAUCAGCAUUUGAGGAAGCCGUACAUCCACCCUCUCCCAUCGAUGUAGAUAUGAUGGAGGAAAAUCCAGUACCAAAAGAGGUUGAGAAACAGAAAAAUACCAUAAGUGUGAAACCAAUACAGCAGAAACUGCUUAAGAAGCAACUUAUGUCCAGAAAGAUUGACAAAAACCAGCCUAGAAUUGAUAAUUUCUCCCAUGUUGUUAUUACUGAUGAGAAGCUGGAUAUGAUUGACAAUCAGGAUGUUCAAGCUGUGAUCAGUGAAGACGACUCCUCUCCAGAAAGAAAGAAAACUAGAGUUUUUAAAAAGACUGCAACAGCCGUUAGAGAUGAUAUAAGUGACACUGAAGCUCUAUCUCUGAAGGAUGUGGUUGAAGCCAAUAAAAAUUUUACACUAGCACAACCAAAGGAAGAAGUAGAUGCCAGAGGGAAAUUUACCAGAGCUCAGCUGAAAGAGUUGAUGAGUGAAGAUGAUGAUUCUCCAGUCAAAAGAGUUGUCAAAAUGGAGGAGUCACCUAUCAAACGAGUUGUCAAAUCUGCAAAGAAAGCAUUUGCAUGGAAUGAUUCUGAUGAAGAAACACAAGAUCUUUUUACCACAAAGCAGGAGGAUGUUGGAAGUGUAGAGAACAAACAGAACAUAUCACCUAGACCAAAUGCAAGCAAUACUGUUAAAGAUGAUCUUGUGGCUGAUUUAAUUGUCAAGGAUGAACCUUUUACAGAAGAGUUUUAUGAGUUUCCUUCUCUCAAAAGACAUUACAGAAAUGUGAAGAAAAAAGAAAACUCUACACCAACCUUAUUUGCACCUUUAGAUAGCAAUCCAAAAGACUAUACAAAAGCAAUAUUGCAGUUAUUUACACUUUACCAUAAUAAACUUGCUCAAUUACAAAAAUUAUCAAAAAGUAGUAUAAAAUGGUCGAAAGAACCAGUAAGGGUUGGAUUUCAUCUGGAUCAUACUAUUGAUGCCAGAAAACGAGGGCUAAAUUAUGACUUCCUUGAUGAUCAAGAGGCUUCAACAUCUGUCAUACCAAUUGUUGUAGACAUGAAAGAAAACACCAACCCACAAAGGCCAGCUGCCAAAAAUUUCUCUAUGAAAAUUAGAAAGGAACCAAAAGUUCAAAAUAAUGCUCAUGAAGAGAUUGAUCAGUUCGUAGACACUUUCGUAUCUAAACCAGGAUUAAGAAGUCGUAGAACUAGAAAUGCAGGUACUUUUACUAAAGAGAAAUCAGCAUACGAUUUUGAGCCUUACCCAGUCGAUGAAACUUUCAAAGUUGGUGCUGAAAAGGGAAAGAAAAGGAAGUUAUAUAAUGAAACUGAUGCUAAGUAUUGUCCUUUGAUUGAAGACGAAAGCAGUAAUGACUUUGAUGAUAGAAUUGUUGGAAAAGGCAAAAGAAACAUUAAAUUGAAAAAACAAAUUAAUGAAGGAAGUAGUGAAGUGCCAGAAAAUAAAAGUGCAAGGAAUAAGUCAAAUGUCGGUGACAAGACAACAAAUGUGAAGAAAGCUACAAGAGGAUCACUUAAGAGACAUGCAAGUGACUUAAGCACAGGUAGUGUGGAGAGUUUCAAGUCAGACGACAUGAACAAUUUAUUAAAUCCUGACAGAGCCUUAAGUAGGUCUCCUGAAUUAUCCCUUGGUGGUCUCAGUCAAAAAUCAGAUGUGCUUCUAGAUGCAGAAGGACAAUUGUACUCGACACAAUUAUGUUCUAUGAAAGAAAAGCGAGCUAGGGUACCAGUAAGUAAGUCCAGUUUUAAUUUGGAUACAGUUGAUGAUGACAGUGUUCAGUAUCUAUCCCAGAAUUCAAGAAGUGGACCAAACCUUGAAAGGGAAACGCUAUCACAAAAUACUUCACGCAAUGUUGAAAUUUCUUCUACACAAUCAAAUUUCAGAACAAUCUUACCAAAACAAAGGGAGGAGAGUACUAGUCAAGUAAGUCAAAAACAAAUUGGUAAGACAAAGACCGCAAAAAUAAUAGUAAUCCAUCCAUCUCAGAACACUGUGAAGAAUGUAGAGCCUUUAGGGCCGCAGUCAACCCUCAAGUCAAGAAUGUUUGGACAUAUGAGUGACUUAUUCAAGCUGGGGUCAGGCAACAAAAGUUCUAGCAGUAAAACAAAGAACGAAGAAGAUCCUCAAGGUUCACAUAACAGGAAUAAAUCUAUUGAUGAUGAUGAUGAUGAUGAUACAGAAACACAAAGAUUCCAACAGACCAGUGAUGUUACUGUGGAUGAUAUACAGCAGAUCAAUAUGAAGACAGAAGGUAUCAGAACUUACAGCAAGAAACAAGGAAGAAAGAGACAACUAACCAAUGAAGAUACUGAACCAAAUAAACAGCCAAAGAUAAUCACAGUACCAUGUCCUCUAUGUAACAAACAGUUUCCUCAGGAUCAGAUAGAGAACCAUGCUGCCGAUUGUAAUGGUCCUGUAGAUGAUGACAACUCCAGAGAAUCCACAGAAAGUGUACAAAUACAAGAGAUACAAGCUGGUAGAAACUUAGAGCAAUCAACUUCAGGUGUCCACAGACAGGGUCAAGGAAGGGCAAGCAAGAAACAAGAUCAAGAUGCAGAUUUCAUUGUUGACGAUGUAGAAAGUGAAGAAGAAAGUCCAAGAAAGUCUGUCAGUAUGGAAUGCUAUAUUUGUGACAAGUCAUUUAGAAAUAAGAAAAUGUUGGACCAGCAUUUGGAGAAAUGUUUGAAUGAAGCUACACAAAUGCAGCAUGAGCUUGAAACAAGAGGAAUGGAUUCUAUAUUAGAACCUGGGGAGGUCUCACCUCCCAAACGUGCGACCAGAUCAGCUAGGACAACAGAGCCAAAUGAAGGGUACUCAUCAGGCAGUGAUGAAGAGAAAGUUACUCUCAGAGAUGUUAUAAAGGCCAAUCAAUCAACAAGUAGUUCAGAAGAAUCUUCUUACAGUGAUGAAUAUGACUGGUCCCCAGCUAAAACUCCACCUAACCAUAGGGUUACAAAUAAAGAGAAUCAGUUACCAGGGGGUUGGACUUUAGAAGAACUUCAGAAUUCUCCAAUUAGAUCAUUUGUACCAAUCUGGAAACAGUCUGAUAAUGAGGGGUUUAAAACACAGUUUGACAAAGCCAAGAAAAGAUUUGAAAAACAACAGCUAAAGGGGAAAGGAAAGAGAAAACAGAAAGGAACAAAAAGAAAAAGGGGAAAACGAAAAGCUAAGAAAAAGCCAGCAGCAAAGAGACAAAGAUGUACAGAAUGAUUUAUUGUAGAAAACAAUCUUUUGUCAUAAAUUAAGCUUUGAUGUUUUUUAGCGAUGGUGAAAGUGAAUUUUGAGAAUAGAAAUAACUAGUCACUGGAUAAACAAAAAAGGAAGGGGGUUUCAUACCUUUGAGAAAUGUCACUUUCAAAUACUGGAUACUGUGAUUUAAUAAAUAACUUGAAACUUGGAAGUAGGUCUCUUAAGUGACAUUUUAUUGUUUGAAGGUAAGCAUCAGGAGACUUGCACAGAACACUCUUUAUUUAAGGCAAUAAAAUUCAAAUGAGAAAAUCUAACUUUGCAAAUACACAUUUUCUUUUGAUCUGCCAUCUUAAAAACCCUGACUGCUUUGUAGUUUGGGAAUUUGUCUUUUUCAUUACUGUAUGAACAUUUUGUAGUGAUAUGCAACUUAUUAAUAAUUUGUUGUGUUCCAUAUAACAGUGUUUGUAAUUACUGUUUUGUUUCAAAAUUCCUUCAUUUUGUGAAUUACUUUGUAUGUUGAAAGAAGUU